AUGAUGGGAAUAGGAAACAUAACAAAACAUGUAACCAUAGUUAUCAGUCUGGUCAGUAACGCACAAUACAUUAGCGUGAUGGAAUCGUGCGCUAUUGUCUGGACUAUCCUUUCAGUCCUGGGCAUCAUAUCGAAUAUCAUUAACAUCAGGACGUUCGUUGCAAUGGGACUCACUGACGGCAUCACCGUGUCUUUUCUAGCUUUAGCCAUCUUUGACCUAUCGUAUCUCGUCUGUUCCUUGUCACUUGGAAUCUCUGUAGCUUUUUCUGUCUUUGAACAGAAAUCCCUAACUCGUUUUAUGAUAGAUCCUUACGGCAUUUCCAUUUUUUCCGGUAGUGUUAUGAUUCUAAUUAACGAAACGAACGUGUUGACUACCACGUUUCUCGCAGUGGCACGGUGUAUGUGUGUAGCUAAACCACUGCAGUUCAAGAAUACAUUUACCAGAAAACGAGCUAUAAUGUUUAUGGUUGGGUUUGCUGUAUUUGCCAUCGUAACCUACUCACCAAUACUUGCCAACAUGGGCAUGAGGCAUAAGUUCGAAACUUUGCUCAACCGAACUCGACCAGCAUUGUGGGUGUCCCCAGUCCGAGAAUCGGUCAAAGAAAUUAUAUGGACUAUAAACAACAUGUUGUUACCCUUUGCCACACAGUUUAUUAUCAUUAUCUGUGUUUUCAUCAUGUCUCGGAGUCUUCGAGCAGCUUCUAGAUUCCGCCAAUCUUCCGUGGCUAUGACCGAAAAAGGAUUCGAAAAACAUGGGACAAACCACAAUACUAAUUUGAACGAAGUGGACUUGGAAUUUUCCGAAGCAAACAACAGCGUAGAUAAACUGACAGGAAAGGACCUCAGAGUGAUCCAGCAGGUGGUUCUGAUUUCUGUGGUGUACAUUGUGUGCAAUACACCAAAGAUUCUCAUCAGCAUAGUCACCACUUUGGAGCCGGAGUUCACUAUUGGCAAGGGAUACACCAGGUUGUACCUUUGUGUCAACGGCAUGCGGAUGCAUUUUGAGAUCGUUAACUCAGCCGUAAAUUUAAUUAUUUACUACAAAUUUAACACUAAAUUUCGAACUGUUUUAGGAUUCUGA